UUGUCAAAGUAUCGUUAAAAGUUAGAUAAAACUAUAUUAAAAGAAACAUGCUCAAAAAAAUGCCUUGUUUUACAACAACGCGGCCUGCAAGGUUUAUGCAAGAGAGUAUUGAAUCUGAUGAAGAUACAUGGGAAAGUGAUGAAGAACCAAAAAACGAUGUGGUAAUCCUUGAACAGAUACAAAAAGAGUUUAAAGAUCAACAAGAGAAAAUGCAAAAAUAUCUCCGAUCAAAACAAGAUGAUUGUGAAUUAUUAAAGAAUCGUUGGGUGGAUUAUUUAGAUAAAGAAAUUUUUAUUAUUCUCCUCGAUAUUUUAGAAAAAAUGUUUAUAAAAGCAAAAGAAACAAAGAGCAUGACGUACCAUAAAUCCACGUAUAACCCAAUGGAUUUUAUAGCGGAACAACUAUGGAAUUUAAAUCCUAGACAUCCAGAAAGAAAAGAUAAUUGGACGAAUCUUUUCGAUAUGGAUUGGGUAAAAAAAAGUCUUAAAACGCAUCCAAGACCUUUCUUUCCAUUUUCAUGGAUUUGGAGUAAAGAUUAUGCAGCUUUAAAAAUUCAAGCUUACAUGAGGGGUUAUUGGGUAAGAAGGAGAGAUGAUGUGCAAGAAGUGAGACAAUUUUGGAGAGCUCUUGAAGAGGAUAGAUUACAAUUAAAGGAGACGACAUCAACAAUUCCACCUUGGUGUGUUUGUCGGGAAAAAAAUGAAGACAAUGAAUGUUACCAUUAAUUCAUCUUUACU